GGUUCUUGCUCAGAGGCAUACAUUUCUUCAUCACUGUUAUCAAUUCUUGCUGAUCCUAGGAUGGAUAGGUUUGGUCUGCUACUUGAGGUUGUAUCUUUUCCCUUUGUGGUUCCUUAUUCCCUGCCGCUUUUUCCGGGAUUGCUUGGAGAGUACUGGACGUUUUUUCGAGUUCUUCUUCUACCAUCUGGCUCUAUCUGCCUUCUGUACUCGCCUGUGUAG